AUGCUGAGACACAAGAAGCAGUCAACACCGCAAGAACUGUAUCGGGCACGGAAGCAGCGAGAGGAAGACGAGCGAGACGCCAAUCUACCGCCAGGUCUUAUCAACCAUGGGAACACUUGCUUCAUGAACUCUACGCUCCAGGGGUUAAUUGCUACCCCAUUGCUACAAUCUCUAGUCAGUUUCGAGGAACUGACACCGAAUAACCCGUCAUUAGCGCCGUACCGCUCGCCACAGCUGACUAACGGUCAUGGAGUCGCAGGAAAGUACGAGCAUGAGUGGGUCGAGGGGAUGCCGCUCGGGGACGUCUUUCUCGCGACCAUGCAGAAGGCGUGGGGAAUUCAGCAGAGCCAUAGGCGAGAAACCAUGAGCCCAAGAGACUUGUUGAACGCCAUUGGACGCAAGUAUGACCAGUACCUAGACUUUCGUCAACAGGACGCGCACGAGUUUCUCAGCCAUAUGCUAGAUGCAAUGCGGAUGGAAGAGCUAGACAUUAUCAAAACACGACAACCGCCUGUCAAGAGGCGGCGGCGGUCGAGGCGCACCGCUCAGAUCCCCGACACAUCCCCCGUACCGAAUGGUGCUGAAGAACACCAGGACGAUACACCUUCGGACGGAGAGAAGCUCGAGACCUUCGUAGACAUGCUCUUCGGCGGCAAGCUCGCCAGCAUCCUUGUUUGCGACACGUGCAAGAAGAUCUCCGUGACCUACGAAGACUUCAAUGAUCUCAGUCUCAGCAUCAAACCCGAAGAUUACGCCAAGGAGCGCAAACGGGAUCGCUUCAAGCAUCUAACGCGCAAGUUUCGGUUCCGCCACAAGGAGGCCGAAUCAAGACCCUCAAGCCCGCACAGAGCGUCUUCAGUCCCUGCCAGCCCUGUGCGGCGGAGCAUGGAUCCCAUGCCACACGACGACGAUCCUCCUAUUAACGUCGACCACCGUAGGCGCAGUUUCGAUCAUGUCUCGGUUGCCGAGGACGCCACGCAGGAGAAUGAAGCAAGAGAUGCGGUCAAGCGACUCGCAGAAGAGGAAGCUGGAGAGGCUAAGACCUCUGCUUUGCCGCCACAUGCAGUAUCAGACGCGGAAGCCGACACUGACAAGCCACAACAAGCCCAUAUAGCCUUCUCCGAGCCAGCGCGAGGACGCGACAAGGCUGAGGUCGACUCGAAGAAGGAUAAGGAGAAAGCGGACUCGUGGGGAAAGCUUGGACGGCGAUUGAGCGUGUCCAUGGGCAUGUCGAAGAAAGAGAAGAGGCUCAGCAGGUCGAAAGAUAGCGGAUGGAAGAAUUGGAAUGUCAGAGAUGAGGAUACGACUCGUGCGCCUAGCGAGGAGCGUCGGCAACUACCCGACUCAAGACCGCCGAUGCAUGCACGUACGGACAGCACAACAGACAUUGCUGCUGCAACGGACGUGCCAGACCAAGCACGUCGGAGUGCCCACCCUUCUCCCGCAGCGUCACCAUCACCCACCCCUCCACUCAGCAUCUCGAGCCCUCUCCCCAAUUUCAUGAGAUCCCCCGGAAUCGCUCUAAGCGACAAGCGACAAUCGAAGUUUUCACGCCCACCUAAGCCCUCUCGCCACGAGGUUGCAUACCUACGGCAGCUGCUUGCAGACGUACAUUCCUCCACGCCCAGCGCUUUCACUAUGCUUCAGCAUGCCAUAAGUGGCGGGAGUCAGAACGGCACUGGACCAUCAUCCCCGUCGGUGUCCGCCCAAGCUCUGCUUGCCAAAUUGGGACAUAUGCCCGGCAUCGAGGAAUGCCUGCGGCUCUUCACCUCCGUAGAAAUCCUCGAAGGCGAAAACAUGGUCGGGUGCCAUCGCUGCUGGAAAAUUGCCAACGGAACAUACAAGCCUCGGCGGUCAGAUGCUGACGAAGAGAAAGAGGACAGUAGUGAAGGCAGCGAAGAAAGCGCACCGAUCGAACCGGAGGCUCCGCGCCCCGUCAUGUCCAGACGGGAGACCUCCUACUCGUCGAAUGAGACACCGGGCAGAGUAUCGCCCAUCUCGACAUCCUACAUUUCCGCUUCCGCAAGCGCUGCCUCAUCAUCUAUUUUCUUGCAAGACACUGUAUCGAUAUCCUCUGCACCUACCACCAUCCAAUCUGUACCACAUGAACACAGGACAAUACUCACCUCUCCAGUACCCCUUGCCUCAUCACCACCAAAGACACCUAACCCACCAGUGCCUUCUUUCGGCGGUCUUCCUAUACCUUCUAUCUCGACCACCGAACCAGAUAUGCCCACCCCCACCGUCGCACCCAGCGCUGCUCAACGGCCCACAAGUCCUUUGCCGGGCCGCCCCGCUAACACCACCCCGAAUGGCUCACUCGUGCCCCCGAAACUGCGGACAAAGAGGUCUAUCCGACAAUCCCGGGAAGCGGACGACAGCGACUCGAGUUCGGACCGAGGCUACGACUCAAGCGACAUCUCAGACGCAGACUCUGCGUAUUCCGAUGCGUCGUCCAUCGCCUCGCUCUCCGGCUCCCGCCAGGCGUCUCCCGAGAGGGCGAGCAGAAAGCCUGCGACGCCCUCGCCGAACGGUCCCGGCCAGGACCGCAAGGUGCCGAAGUCGCGGCAGGUGAUCAUGCGGCGCACGUUCAAGCGCUACCUGGUCGCGGUGCCGCCGCCGGUGCUCGUCGUGCACCUGAAGCGCUUCCAGCAGGUGUCCAAAUCGAACCCGUACGCGAUGGCGUUCUCGAGUGGGCUCAAGAAGCUCGACGACUUUGUCGCGUUCCCUGAGUACCUCGACCUCGCGCCGUUCCUGACGCCGAAGAAAGAGGACUUUGGGCUCGGCAAGCGGGCGACGAAGAAGGAGAAGGAGAAGCGCGGGAAGGACAAGGACAAGGAGGGGCGGUGCAUGUACAGGCUGUACGCGGUCGUCAUGCACAUCGGCAACAUGCUCGGCGGACAUUAUGUCGCGUACACGGCACUCCCUCCGUCCAGCACGCCCGAGCUGAGCGAGUCGUCCACAAACAGCUCUACUUCGUCCAAGAACCAGCAGCAGCCGCGGCGCUGGGCGUACAUCAGCGAUACCGUCGUGCGGCUCACGACGCUCGAGGAGGUCCUGAAGGCAAAGGCGUACAUCUGCAUGUACGAGCGCAUAUAG